UUUCCAAAAAGGGGCGUAUUUUUCGAGCCAUCUUGACCGAAUAUUUAGCCAUAUUCGAGGUACAUUAAUUCGAUAUCUUGGCGGUAAAGCCGCCGUUUGAGUAUGCACUGGCACAGUUAGAAAGCUUUUUGUCCCGGCCGUGUGAACGCUCGGCUUUGUCGACACAACAACGGUUUUCCGCAGCGUAGAGGAUGACGCCGUCGCUCCCCAAAAUGACCGGCUAAGCUAAGCUAAGCUAACGGGCUACCAUGUCCGCCUCGGUUCCAGUCUGUCACUUUGCUUGACAUUUUAGGUGUUUUUUUAAUUUAUUCCUUGCUGUUUGCAACUUGCACCGGUAAAGACCACUUCUCAAGGUAGCUGGUGUCACCCCCCUGAUGCAGGAGGAGAGAAAGUGGGAAUGUAAGGCAGCUGGAAGAGGACUCAAUAUGGGUCGCGGGCGAGGCAGAGGUCGGGGCCGGGGUCGAGGCUCAGCGAGCGGGUUGCGCUCAUCGUCGCCCUACAGACUGCAGCUCUCUCCAUCCAGGGAGACACUGACGUACGCCCAAGCCCAGAAGAUAGUGGAGGUGGACCUGGAAGGCAGGCUUCACCGAAUCAACAUCACAGAUCUUCUGCCGGUGAUCACGGAAGACGAGAUGAUGGCGCAGGACAUCGCAGAGUGCAACAGCAACAAGGAGAACAGUGUGCAGACUCUGAGUAAAGUUCGCUUCUUCGGUAAACCCCCCAACACCAAAGGAAGGAAGAGCGGUAAAAAUGUGUCGCAGCAAAAUAAACUAUCUGGAUCCCUGCAGCAAACUGGAUCUACGAAUUCCCUCCAGAUUCAAAGUCCACUCCCGGAGCCCACCUUUCGUGCGUUGGGUUCAGCUUCCCUUGCAGAGGCGCUUCCACUGCCUACAUCCUACUACUGCUUUAUCGAGAAAUCCAGGGAGGAGCUGGAAAGCGUGGCAGAGUACGACAUGGACGAAGAAGACCUAGCCUGGUUGGAGAUGGUAAACCAAAAGAGAGUGUCCGACGGCCACGCCUCAGUGUCAGCGGACACUUUUGAGCUGUUGAUUGACCGCCUGGAAAGGGAGUCCAUCUUGGAGUCCCGCAGCCAGGCGUUGGCCCAGUGCGCCGUAGACGAGGACGCUUUCUGCUGUGUGUGCCUCGAUGACGAAUGUCUGAACAGCAAUGUCAUCCUCUUCUGCGACAUCUGCAACCUGGCGGUGCACCAGGAGUGCUACGGAGUGCCGUACGUACCUGAGGGCCAGUGGCUGUGCCGCUGCUGCCUGCAGUCCCCCUCCCGCCCUGUAGACUGUGUGCUGUGUCCCAACCGAGGAGGUGCCUUCAAGCAGACCAGCGACGGACGCUGGGCCCACGUUGUAUGCGCCAUUUGGAUUCCAGAGGUGUGUUUUGCCAACACGGUGUUCCUGGAGCCCGUCGAGGGGGUCAAAAACAUCCCUCCUGCCCGCUGGAAGCUCACCUGCUACCUGUGCAAACAGAAAGGCAGGGGCGCAUCCAUCCAGUGCCACAAAGCCAACUGCUACCGGGCUUUUCAUGUCACUUGCGCUCAGAAGGCUGGCCUGUACAUGAAGAUAGACCCGGUCCGGGAGACGGGCGUCAACGGUACCACAUUCUCUGUAAAGAAAACCGCUUUUUGCGAGCAUCACUCCCCAGUUGGGUCACGGCGGGAUGGGUCCGGAGAUGAGUCAGUGGAAGGGAGGAUGGUCGGGGGAAGAGGUAACAGGGGGCAGAGGUCGUAUACUCAGAGCUCCCCCACACCUUCAGAAAAGAAAGGGUCCAAAGGUCAGAAGAAGAAGACUACUAAGGGGACCAGAGGGUCCACACGUCGCUCCAAUGUGCCUGUGCUGCUUGUACCUCAAAUCCCAUCACACAGGCUGAACAAAAUCUGCACAGGAGUGGAGGUCCAGCGGAAAAAUCAGUUCAUGCAGCGGCUUCAUAACUACUGGCUACUGAAACGUCAGUCGAGAAACGGGGUGCCUUUGAUACGCCGACUUCACUCACACCUGCAGGCCCACAGGACGACAGAACAGAAGGAGCCAGAUGAGAAGCUAAGUGCCGCCAGAGAAGAACUGCGCUACUGGCAAAAGUUGAGGCAAGACCUGGAGAGAGCCAGACUUCUGGUGGAACUCAUCCGCAAGAGAGAGCGGCUAAAGAGAGAACAGAUGAAAAUUCAACAGGCCGCUCUGGAGCUCAAGCUGACGCCGGCAUUGGUGCUCCUUCGAUCCACCUUGGACCAGCUGCAGGAGAAGGACACAGCCAAAAUCUUCUCUCAGCCUGUCAAUUUAUCAGAGGUCCCAGACUACCUGGAGUUCAUAUCCCAGCCCAUGGACCUGUCCACCAUGCGGGCCAAGUUGGAGGGACAUGCCUACUGCUCCAUCACGGACCUGGAGAAGGACUUUGACCUUAUGAUCUCAAACUGCCUCAAGUACAACUCGAAGGACACAAUGUUUCAUCAAACAGCCUUACAGCUGCGGGAAGUGGGCGGGGCUGUUCUCCGCCACGCUCUUAGGCAGUCUCACACCAUCGGACUGGACCCGAGCACUGGCAUGCACCUGCCGGAGUCUCCCAACAAGCAUGGCUUCAACCAGUGCACGUGGGAUGACGUCGACUCCAUCCUGGAUCCUGACAACAGACUACACCUGAGCACCGACGAGCAGCUCAAGACCUUGCUGGAAAAACUGGAUGUGGUGACGUCCAUGGGGACUAGCGGCGGACGAACCAAGCGCAUUCGAUUACUGCGGCGAGAAAUCAACGCUCUGAGACAGAAGGUGAACCCACCGCCACAGCAAAACCCUCAGACGGUUAACGCCAAUGACAAGCAGGUUAAAGAGGAGGAGGAGGAGGAAGCAGCAGCCAAAGAAAAGAAAAACGAAAACAAGAAAGCUGUGGAUAAAGGAGUUGUCACAGCAGAUGACUCACCACCUGUAUUAGAACCCACGUGUCCAAUGUCAUCACCGCUGCCGGGCGACGCCCCACUCGAACCGCCCAUCCUGGGGAUUGCAACAUCUGGUCGGAGGUCACCGGGACGCUCCUACAAGCGUCAUAGGCCGUCCCGCACCAGCAGCAAAAGCCAGGGCGAGGAGGAAGCCGAACUCGGCGAGACGCCGUCGUCCCAACCGGAGGCCGUUCACGAGGUAACGCCGCUGGGAACGCCGCCGGCUCAGCCCGUGGUUGGGGUGGGCCGGCGUACGUCCAUUCUGUUCAAGAAGGCCAAAAACGGGGUGAGAGUGGCAAAAAAGAAAUCUCCGCCACGACAGAACAGCAAAGAUCAAAGCAACGGUUUGGACGGCUUCACCACCUUGCCUCCAUCUUCCAACGCUUCGCCGACUCCUCCCUCGUCCUUCUCGCACCACCUCAGGUCCAGAGGUCACAGCUCCGAAAACGAAGGGGAUAAACAGUCGGCGCCUUCUUGUGAGGAAGAGCUGACAAAUGGGAACUCUGAGGAGGAGCAACAAGUGAACUGCACGCCAUCGCCUCCCAAACGCAGUCGAGGUAAACCUGCUCUGGCCAAGGAUCCCAACAAUGACAACGCAGAACUCUCUGAAUCUGCAAUGCCGACACUUCUGUGUUUGGAUGCUGAGACAGAACUGGGGCCCUUGGACCUGGUUUGGGCCAAAUGCAGAGGAUACCCCUCAUAUCCGGCCAUGAUUGUCGACCCAGAGAUGCCCCAGGAAGGACUCCUUCUCAAUGGCAUCCCCAUCCCAGUGCCUCCUGUGGAAGUGCUCAAACUACGAACUGAGGUGGACGAAAAGCUCUUCCUGGUGCUCUUCUUUGACACCAAACGGACUUGGCAGUGGCUCCCUCGGGACAAACUGCUGUCGAUGGGGAUGGAUGACACGGUGGACAAGCUACGCCUGAUGGAAGGGAAGAAGCCAAGUGUUCGCAAGUCUGUGCACAUGGCUUACGACCGCGCCAUGAUGCAUUUAAACCGCAUCAGAGGCAACCUGAACUUCACUCCUUCCAACUUUAUAUGACUUUUUAUUGGCAGGUAAAUUAAUGGGAACCUCUCUAGUAAAAUUACACGUUCAGUAGAUAAAACGAGUGGGAAAGUGUUUUUUUUUUUUGUUUUGUACUGUGUUCAUGUCAAACCGUUCUUAUUUGACUUUUUGCCAAAGUUAAGGAAGCUGAAGGGUGUAAAUGUAGAUUGCUAAAGAGAUCGUCUUGAUCUGAAGUAUUGGCAUUGCAUUUGUGUUUUGACAAAGUCUCACUGUACACUCGCUUCAUCGCUGGACUCACAGGGUUUGUACUGAAAUAUUGCUUUUGUUUAGCUUCAUGUUGUGGUCUAGCCAUGAAGCGAUGGUGGGAGUGGGACUUGUACUCUGGCUUUUCUUUUUUCCAUAUUGUGAAACAAAGUACUCUGAUAGUGUCAAGCUGGUGUUUGUGCAAACAAAAUCUACUGCGUCUUUUGUUUUGUAGCAGACAUAAAAAAGCACAAACGUUCACUGGCAGGAGUAUGUGGAGAGAGCGGGAGUAACCUCAUCGUCGUCAUAAAAAGUGCAUGUGUAAAGUUUUGUACAUAUGUAAAUGUUUGUUUAUACUGGCUAACAGGAAGUAAUUUAAGGAAUGCUAAUUUAGAAUCUUAAUUUAUAAAACACAAUGUGGCAGUUGAGUUAUUUUAAAUACAUAUAUAUAUAUAUGUUCGAAGCUUCGUAGCUAUUUGUAACAGUGUCUUCUUUAUAAUUAAAAAAAAAAAAUCAAGUCAUGCGGCACAAUACCUAAGCAGAUCUUGUACCCAAGAUCUAAUAAAAAUAUCAUCGGGCCAAGACGAUAUUUUCUCACGCAAGAAUAAAUGCUGUUUGAGACAACUGAA